AUGGGAGACACAAGAUUUCCAGAGAACAUCACCGAGGAAUUGGUGUUUGAUCCCCGAGAUACCACGACCCUUGCUGGUGGAUUCGAGCCCGGUCCUACCCAAAACACCGACCCAUGGAUUGUGUUCCAGAUUGUUUUCUACGUGUUUGUAAUCAUCUUAGGUGUUCUUGGAAACAGCCUCAUCCUCCACGUCUACUCAAUCAAAUCUGGUAACAACAGCACCAAUAAGACCACUACCAGCACCCUUGUCAAGGUGCUUGCAGUAUCUGACCUCUUCGUCUGUCUGUUCCGCUUCAGAAACUUAGCUUUCCUCCACGCUGCCGCGACGCAGGGCACGGUCUCCCCGGCAAUUUUGUACUUUGAGGUACCGGACAAGAUUGCGAUUGCUACCACAGUUGUAGUGACUGGUGUCAUAGCAUUUGACCGGUACGACUGCGUGUGCCGCCCGUACAAACGUUUCCUGACGCACAAAAGGACAUUGGUGGCAGCGGUGGGAUGCGUUGUGCUGUCCGUCAUUACAAACGUACCUCUAGUUGUGGAGAUUUCUCUUCCAUCCGACUAUAGCCCGUUGUUCGUCGUUUUUCUGAAAACCUUGUUUCAGGUAACCACUUUUCUAACUUCGUUCAUGUUGAUUAUCGUGUGCUACUCUAAAGUGUACUACCGAAUCAGGCAACAUGUUAGAGUGGGUGUUGGCGUGGUGGAGGUGCGACCACGCGUUUCUCCUGGUGGCUCAAACAGAGGACAGCGAAAAGUUGGAGAGCGUGUAGUCUCAACAAUGACGUCUGCGUACCCCACAAGAGGCACAGAUCUGACCGUGAUGAACCUCUCAACAGUGGCGGGUUCGAGUGCGUCUGAUUUCGGGGCGGCCAUCCUCCCGGACCCAGUUACUGUCCACCAAGGAAAUGGGCCUAUGGAGUCACCAGAUAGGCCUUCCAGACCUGCCAAGUAUGCCACCGUAGCCUGGGCCGCAUCCACCGAGGACGGAGACCAGGGCCGCCGUGCUAAUGACGCCGUGGAAACAAACCGCAACGACGGCAAUCGAAACGGGCAGUCCCUGCAACGGAAAACAACCCGUAUGUUAUUUCUUACCAGUGUGGUGUUCAUCCUGACAUGGCUGCCGCAAGGAGUUUACGCUGGGACCGCGCUAACCGGGGGUGAUGCUGGACAAACUGAUACGCCUCCCGUGUCUGCUGAUGCCGUUUUCAACCUCAAGCCCAUACUGUUUAUGAACAACGUGGUUAACCCUUUAAUCUAUGGGAUUGCAAAUAGACGCUUUCGAAAAGAUUGCAUCGAUGUCCUGCGAAAAAUUAUCCAUUACUAG